AAAUCGGCUGCUCCUCGAGCGACGAAUGCCCCACGCAACGCGCUUGCGUCAAUGGCGUUUGCCUGGAUCCAUGCUCGUACUCGAAUCCAUGUGGACGUGAUCAAGAAUGUCAGGUGAUUGAACAUCAACCGGUCUGUUCGAGAGUCUGCGAAUGUCAAAGCAAAUCCGAUUGUCAUGCCGGUUUUGAAUGCGAUGGCUGUCAAUGUCGACAAACUACUGGCCGCACACCUGGCUGCGAACACUGCCCACCAGGCACCAACUGUGAUCCCACAACAGGCGCCUGCAUCAAAGCUAAUGUUACAAUAACAACCACUACCAAUAUAACAACCACUACCACCACCACUACAUCUAACCCAAUCACUGAAGUUACUACAAUAUUCACAAAUAAAACUGGCACCUCCACGCCGAGCACAACCACCACCACUGCUAAAACCACUACCUCAUACGAAACCACAAUCGCCGGCGUCACUGAAGAAGCUACCACAAUUCCAACAAAACUAUUCACUGAAGAGCCCAGCUCCAGCACAACCGAAUCGGGCAAAGAUUUAGACUUGAAUAUGACAAGUAAAACUGGACCACCUAAGGGUUAUCGCGAUGGGGAGAAUAACAUAACAGCCAGUACUGUACCAGAACAGCCAACCACGCCCACAUUCACCGCUGUCUCAACGUCAUCAUCCUCUUCGUCAUCGUCCACGUCCACCUCCUCUUCUUCGGUUUCAACGAGCAGCAGCAGCUCGCAUCGUGGUGAAGAUAGUAAGGGUCCAUUUGAUGCGCGAACCACUACACCCAAAAUGAAGACUACACGCAUUGAUACCUCAAAUGAAUUUGAUUAUAAUCUAACCACUUUAUUGACGACCACACAACGUACCACCUUCCCGGUGACUAUGGUAACUGAACCAAUGAAAGAGGUGGCAGAGCAAACGACAAUGAGUGCUCGUGAUUUGAUAACAACCAUGUUCCCGGUGAUAACACCACCGGUGACCGAACAAUCCAGCGAGCGUCCAACUAUGCCGGGCACGACGACGCCAUUCGUUUAUGAGACAAUCGAACCGCUAACGACAACAACGACAACACCAGCUGCGGCAACUAAUGAACCUGGCACUCCUCCGACUACUAAAAGCGUCACAACCACCGAAAGUGGUGUCAUCACCACAGUAGCCACUACCUUCAGUACAAUUAGCAACACCUCUACCACUGAUACCGCUAUCACAAUGAUUAACACUUGUACAGAUCAUACUAACUGUGGUUCUAGUCAAUUAUGCGUGCUGGGAGUGUGUCGCAACAAGUGUCGCGAAGGGGACACAAGCGAUACGGAGUGUGUACAAGAAUCACCUGGCUCACCAAAGAAUCCGGAACCAUGUCAAUCGAACAAUGAUUGCAUUGAGAACGAAGCAUGUUACAUGGGUCUAUGUCAUAAUCCUUGCGAUUUUGCGAAUGUUUGCGCACCCACCGCC